CUGAGGAUGACCAUUUUUUUUCUGAGGACGACAAAGUUUUAUCUGAGGAUGACAAUGUUUUUUCUGAGGAUGACAAAGUUUUGUCUGAGGAUGACAAACAUCUAUCUGAGGAUGACAAACAUCUAUCUGAGGAUGACGAAGUAUUUUCUGAGGAUGUCCUAAAAUGAACACCGUACUGGGGUCUUGUGUAUCGGCAUCUUGUUCAGCAGUGACAUUGUCAUAGACUCUCUCCAGUAAUUUUCACUCCAGUGAAGAUGGCUCUGCUUGUGGUGACACUGCUGUUAUUCAGCCUGCUGUCCCUGGCACCUGCCCAGGAAGGAAUACCAGGAGGCUGGAAUGCCAUUGAUGUGAGUGACAGCGAUGUCCAAACUGUGGCCAAGACAGCUGUUAAACGGUUUAUGCCUUUCUUUAAACUGGUCGAAGUUAGAUCUGCAGAGAAACAGAUUGUAGCUGGAACAAAUUUCAAGCUGGAUGUCACAGUUGAAUUGUCCAUGUUCGGAGAGAAAUGGGGAUGUGAAUUUUCUCUGUUUGAGACUUUGCAAGGGGCUCUCUAUCUCCGUGAAAACAAGUGUGUUCAAGCCAACUGAUGAGUCUUCAGCUGAAUGAAAAUGCACUCCACACAUUCCCAUUAAUUUCACUGUUAGAAUAACUUUUUC